AUGGGAAUCCGGUGGAAGGACUUCAGGCUUGAAUUAAAAGAAAUAUAUGAUAAAUCAACGACGAUUGAUGAAUGCUUUGCAAAACGUGAUGAAAUGUGUUUGCAGAAUAAAGAGAAUAGAAAGCAACAGAAAAUGAGUCACACUGUGGGCCGACAAAGUUUUGCCCAAGUUUUUGAUGUAAAGCUUCAGGAGACUGGUGAAGAACCGUUAAAGAUCGACUUUUACAAGAUAACACAUGUGAAAAAGAACUUAGAACCGGUUGAUGAAGAAUCAGGCAAAAAGCUGAAAGAGAUGGAAGAUAAGUUAGCGGUGUUGCCAUUAGAAUUACAGAAAAACAAAGAGACUCAUGAGUCCAUAUGGACACAAUCAUUUGAUGAGGAAUCACAUGGCCGAGUGCGCCUAGUUGGAGUUGGGGUAAGCCCAAAAGACCUUGAAUCGUCGAAAAGUAAUGCCAUGCUCAACUGGAAGAACAAAGAGUUGCAAAAUAAAGUGGAGAUGCUAGAGGAGAAGAUGGAAUUAGAAAGGAAGAAGAAUGAAGAUGUGAUUAGCAGUAUGCAAUCACAAAUUGAAAAAUUUACCCAACUCUUCAUGAAUAGAAGCUUGCAAGAUUCAGUUAAUCUAGGUAAAGAUUAG